AUGGCCAAAGUUCAUCCUCAAGAACAAGAAUCUACAACAUCAUCUCAGUCUCAUGAUGAUCGGUGUGUUAAUAAAAGAGAGAGAUAUACAGUAUGGAUGAAAUCACUAGUUCUUCACUCUAAUGGUUGCACUGUGUAUGAUUCAAAUGGUAACAUAGUUUAUAGAGUUGAUAACUAUGAUAGAAAAGGUGGAAGAGAAGUGAAUCUGAUGAAUCUAAAAGGAAAUGUUGUCUGCACCAUCAAAAAAAGAUUACUAGCUUUUGGAUGUUGGGAAGGCUACAAAUAUCACAGCAGAAAUUCUAAUAGUAGAAGCCAAAUCGAGCAACCAUGGUUUCAAGUUAAAAGAUGUCUUACAGGAAAAAUAGCUUGCCACAUCAAAGUAGGACCACAAAAUUUAUGCAUAGAAAGAACGAGUAUAGGCAAAUCAUUUAGUUUUCGGAUAGUAAACAAAGAUGGACAAAUUAUAGCAGACGCAAAGCAAAAACAAUCUUCCUCAGGAGUUGUUCUGAGUAAUGAUGUUCUAUCAUUGGAUUUGGCAGCCGGAACGGAUCAUUCUCUUGUACUUGCUUUGGUUACUGUCUACGGAUUGAUAUGUGGAAAACUGUAG